UUUUUAAUUUAAAUUAUUUUUUUGGGUAAAUAAUUGAAAUCUCAUUGAUAACAUCGCGUACAGACGGCUGCCUCUAUAGUUUCUACACUCUAGCUAGGUUCUAUCUGAAUAUGUAUGCAAAUAUAACAUAUAUAUCAAACCCCAUCUAUACUCCUAGAAUUUUCCAAUCUUCCCGAUAACAUUGACUUUCUUUGGUUUGAAGUCCUCCACUAAUUAAAACUUGGUUAUCUUCUUUCAAUUCAGCUAGCUCCUUCCUCAUCUUUUUUGGCCAGUCAUGAAUCACUACAAUCAUCAACAUGAAGCAGCUUCUGCACCUCAACAACAGCAAGAGGCAUAUCAUGAAGCUCAAGAAGUAGCAGCUUAUGUUGCUCCUCGACCACCAUCACCACCAAUUGGUUAUCCCACAAAGGAUGUUCCUUCUGGGUUUCACCAACAAGCUGUUCCUGUUGAAACAAAACCCAAAGGUGAAGGCUUUUGGAAAGGAUGUGUUGCUGCCUUAUGUUGCUGCUGGGUCUUGGAUGUCUGCUGUUGCUGAUAUAAUAUAUAGUAGAACAUUAAUAUAUAUAUAUAUAUAUAUAUAUGAUAAUUGUACACAUUCUGAGUGGUUUUUACCAUUCAGAAUUAAAUAUAGAAAUAAGACUAGUAGAAUUAUAUUCUCCUUUUAGCAUAAUGUAUAAAUUUUCUGUUAGAACUUAUCAUUUCUAAAUGGUUCUGUUAAUCAAUUAUGAUCUGAAAUAUGAAAUUUU